GCAGAUGAAAGCGGACUGUCGUGAGCUGACAGCGCGACUGGCGCGUGAGGAGGUGAUGAGGAAGUGUUUGGAGGACCGAUGCCAGGACCUCCUUCACACGAACGAACGUCUUAAACAGGCGAAUGCAGAGUGCGUUGCGAUGGCGACGGAGCAAUACGAUUUCAGGAAGAAGAGUGUGGAGCUGUCGAUCAAAACGGAAGCGAAAGAAGAUGCAUGGAGAGAGAAAGAGAGAGAUUGGGAGAAGAGCGUAAGCGACCUGAGCGACGAGUUAAGAGAAGAGCGAAGGCAGCACAAAGAGUUGAAGGACAAGUACCUCGAGCUUUCAAGCAGGAUGGAGGAGGAAGAUCGCACGACGAGAGAAAAAGAGAAAGACUGGGAGAAGCAACUAAGGCGUCUCGGCGACGACAUGGAAGAUCAGCGCAGACGACACGAGGAUUUGGUCGCGAGUCUAGAAGCGCAAGUAGCCAAGACGACGGACGAGAUUGCUGUUCUCAGGCAGGAAAACGAAGCGGCGGGCAAACGGCAACAAGAGGAGCAGCUCGCAGCGGACGUCAAGAUCGCUGAGCUGCUGGAAAAACUUCACAAUGCCGAUCGCCGAGGGUUGCAGUUGGAAGGCGAUCUUCGCAAAGCAGAGCACACAAACACCGUCAUAAGAACGAGGUACGAAGAACAACUCCGAAAUCAACAUCCCAAAUUAAUUCAUCAAGUAGAAAUUUUAAAGGAGCAGGUCUCAAGACUGCGCAAGGAACGAGAUGAUCUGCUGCGCGAUCUUCAGUUCUAAUUUUUUCGAAAUUGUUGAACCCUCUUUUCCACCGCAGAAUGAUUGGCAGCUCUGUAGUAUAGCACUGCCCGGUU